GCUCUCCAUCGCAUCACUGACUGCACAGCCCAAGACAAACCCCCGUAUAGAGGACAUUCCGCCGCUCCAGGCCAGCCAAUCCUCCAACCGGGCACUCAGCCAAUCGACGUGAGCCCUCCCCAACCCCAGGUUCUCGAUCAAAGCUAAAACCCCCUUCUCCCGGCAGCGAUUCUUCCUCCCCGGCCGUCCUCCCCCGCCUCACCAGAACCACACAAUACAAUAUGUCUACCGCCCUCCCACGCUUCUGGGCCGGCCCGAUCCGGUACUGCCGGUGGGCAGCGCGCGAAAAGCCGGCCUACUUCUGGUCCAUCGUGAUCGGCGCCGCGGGCCCGCUCAGCCUGGCCACCGUGCCGCCCAUCCGCCGGGCCAUCGGCGACCACGACGCCGCCCCGAUCCCCAUGACCUAUCCCAUCCCCUCCGGCCCGAGAAAAAUGUUGACGGGCUACGACGACGGCGAGGAAUAGCGAGCGGAGGUGCGAUGAUUGAGGGGCCGCGAGAAAGGGGUAGAAAGAGCUGUACCAAACUGUACAUAGGGUUGGCGUUGCGGGGGGGUGGGUGCGAUUGGCAGGUUGAAAAAGCAUUGCGAAUACCGUCAAUGGCGCUGCCUGCCCCUGGUGUGUAAAUUGCACAAAGUUACCUACUACCUACCCAUGAUUGCCAACCCACCUUCAGGGGUUGCGCUGCGGCAAGCCGAGUCCUAACGACAGGCUACGAUUCGUUGCGAGCCGGAGAUGGGAGCGAGUCUCUGUGGAAGGGAUGCUUUUUGAUUCUACGCUUUUUCUUGUCUGCUGAUGGUCUAGAUAUCCACUGGGCGAACCCCCCUCUUUAACUGCGCAAAAACAACCAAAAAAGGAAAAUGAAGGGAUUCCCACG